AUGUCAAAACUCAAAACUAAUAUCCUUCCCAUGGAAACCUCCCAACCUCUCACCAUAGAAAGCUUCUCUUAUUCUUGGUUAAUCAACCAAAAACCCUCCCUCGACCGCCUCUUCGACUGCGAUAAACACGAAACCAACACAAAUUCUCCACGCGUCGUCCUCGAAGAAGCCCAAAAUUUCUGUUUCAAUCUUCCGUACGCUACGAGUAAUCUUGUUGAUGCGGAUGAAAUCUUUUGUGACGGACGUAUUAUUCCUAAGUCCGUCAAUCAGAUAAAGAUUUACUCGUGUCCUGCUACACCUGUGGUUCAUUUUCCACACAAAAAACGUUCUAAAAAAUAUAGUCAACUUAUAGCCGAUUGGCGAGUUUCGACCAAAAAGGUAUUAAGGAAGUGUUUUAGCCUUCUUGUACCUAGAAAAACUACAAGGAUUGUGGACAGUUCAAGGAAUUCUGGUUGUUUGUCGUCUUCAGUGGUUACAACUAAUCAGUUGAAUACGAGAAUCGAAGUCUACCAGACCACCCGGAGAACCAAGAGCUGGAGUCAGGAUUCAAUAAGCGGAUCUCAUUUUUUGUGUUCGAAAAAUAAAUCAUACGAUGAUUAUAAUGAAGGAUCGGUUCAUGAGGCCAUUGUUCAUUGCAAAAGAUCAUUUGAAAAGUGAAUUGAAUUGAGAAGAAGAAGAAUUGGAGGAGAAGAAAGUUUAUCUAAGAAGAAUAUGAUAGAAGAAAUAAUCAAACUGUCCUUUUUAAAAAGAUCCUGUUCACUUAUAUUUGAAAUCAGAAUCAGAAUAUCAGUCAUAUGUAAAAUCAUAAAGAGAGAUGGUUGGAUUUUUUAGACA